GAUUCAUCAUGAAUAAUCUCUCAGCAGAAGAAAUCCAGCAGCGGGCUCAUCAGGUUACUGAUGAGUCUCUGGAAAGUACAAGGAGAAUGCUAAGUUUAGCUAUUGAGUCUCAGGAUACAGGAAUCAAGACCAUCACUAUGCUUGAUGAACAAGGGGAACAAUUAAACCGAAUAGAAGAGGGUAUGGACCAAAUAAAUAAAGACAUGAGAGAAGCAGAGAAGACUUUAACAGAACUCAGCAAGUGCUGUGGCCUUUGUGUCUGCCCAUGUAAUAGGACAAAGAAUUUUGAAUCUGGUAAGGCCUAUAAGACAGCAUGGGGAGAAGGUGGAGACAAAUCACCUAACAAUGUAGUAUCUAAACAGCCAAGACGGGUGACAAAUGGCCAGCCUCAGCAAGCAGCUACGGGAGCCAGCGGUGGAUACAUUAAACGUAUAACUAAUGAUGCUAGAGAAGAUGAAAUGGAAGAGAACUUGACUCAAGUGGGCAGUAUCCUGGGAAAUCUAAAAAGUAUGGCCCUGGACAUGGGCAAUGAGAUUGAGGCUCAAAAUCGACAAAUAGAGCAGAUCACAAAGAAGGCUGACACCAACAAAGAUCGUAUUGAUGUUGCCAACACCAGAGCAAAGAAACUCAUUGACAGCUAAAGCUACUGUUGUACUUUAUCAUUUUUUUGCUUCCCUCACUCCUCCUUCAGAAUCAUUACCUUU